CAGCUGCUACCAAAAUUAAGUUUCUAUGGUCGCCAUCUUGUUGUUGUCAUAUGCAACGAAAACUCGGAAAAACAAUGAGGAAACGGGGCGGGAAUUAUGUUUACAGUGUCGAGACAAUUUAAGCUGAUUGGUGAUUAGUCACACCUUUAGAAUAUUUUCUUCAUCUGGAGAAGAUACAACCACAAUGAACCGAAGACAAUCCCGAACUGGAACCAGGAAUUCCCAGAAAGCCAACUACAAACAGGGCAACAACUCCAGGGGGUCAUCUCGACGGCCCAGUCAGGUUCCCCGGCGCCAGUCUACUCAGGAUUCCAUUCUUCCAGUCUCAGACGCUGGUGGGGAGGUCCUAUAUGAGGGCGCAGAGCCGCUGUCGGAGACGUCGCCGCGGGCGCUGUAUCGGGCGCCGCCGGGGUACGAGCUUCAGUCCCUGCACUACAUCAGGCAAUACCUGGAGGACACCCGGAUGGAGGAGAACUUCAGUCAGCUGCUGCGGAUGCUGAUGGAGCGCCAGACGCUCCCGUAUAAUCCCUACCCAGGCCUCGUGACUCGACUCCGCCCACAUGUAGAAAAAUUUUACAGAGAUUCACACAGUCCUGAAAAAAUUGAAUACGUUUUGGGCACACCCCUCCAGGAGACCCCGGUGCUGAAUCUGUACACGCCGAAGGACAACGAGAUAGUGUGGGGUCUGUCCAGUGUGCUGCGGACGGUCAACCCCACAGCCCUACAGCGGUACCGGUGGCUGACGGAGAACAUCACGCCCAACCCAGACGACCUGUAUCAGUCGGAAGAGUACUCGACCCAGGUGAUGAUUGCCUUGGUGGGGCCGACCAUCUUCCACGGCACGUUCUACGCCCAGUCUCACCUCGUCCAGAUACGCCUGGAGUACCUGGUGGCCGGAUCAGAGGCGACGGAGGGAGUUUCAAUCUUUGUGAACUGUUUAAUGAAGGACAUUGAUGCUAUGUACAACCACCCAUACCACAAACUUCUGGGGGUCAACAUACCCAUCCUGGUGGAUGAAGACAAGAAUGAGUGGAUCCAGGAAUUCUGGGACCCUUCUCGAGUUCAGGAGGAGAAGGCAGAAUUUCUCCAGAAUUUGAGCGAUGCAGUCAUUGGGAACAAGUUGAUAUACGUAGAGUGUGUGCUCAAGUUGGACCCCGGCAUGUCGACCUACGUGCGGGGACAGAAGCAGUAUGGCCUGAACUUCAUCGAGGUUGUGGAUGAGAUUCGGGAAGAAGGCCUCAUGUGUUUCUCGGAGUUCCCGAUGGCGUCUCUACAUGAGGGCGUGUUUCUGAAUCAGAGUCAGGCCGAGGCCUACAUCACCAUCUUCUCUCCACAGUUGGACAGCGUCGACAUCCAGAAUACUAAAAUACAGUCAGCUCGACCUGGGUCAAAGGUCACUCGACGCACGGGCCAAGCGACAACCCAGCUGGAGACUGACCGACAGAGUAUUCACAUACACGUCCAUGGGCGACUGGAGCAUUUCCGACCUCGGAAAAUACGCAUCGAUGGAUUCCGGCUUGGAGAAGAUCCUGGAUUUGGACCUUUUGCCUGGCAGAUUGUUACUCCCUUCAAGGCACAGCUACAGAAGAACAUCUCCCGGUACCACCCCCACGGCGAGCUGUUCGACAGUCUAUACAACAUCAUCAUCCUCGUCCUCACAGACAGAAUAUCCUAUGACAAGGACCUCCUGCCAGAAGUGUACUGCAUCCUGCACGGGACACCAGGCCGUCUACAUCAGCUUAUGGAACACAACAAGGCUGUCCGAGGCCUCAUCCGAGGGUUUGCAGGUUCUGACAAUGUUCACUUCAUCCGUCUACUGUUGGCCGAGUACAAGCGGGAUGUGGAGGAGAUGCUGGCGAACAGUCUGCAGGAGAGGACGAGUGACUUGACCACUGCUGGUCAAGCGAUGGCUGGUCAGGUGGAGGACCUCCUGUCAUCUGACGACUUCGAGUUUGGCUCCACAUCUCACCUCCAGCAGGUGGUGGAGACGUUUCGCAACAUGGACAACUACUGCAUGACGCUGCUCAUCCAGGCUGUAGAGGAUGCUAUGUUCUGGUGUCCAAAGCUGCAAGCUUUAAUUAAGAAAAUGAAGGAGACCUUCCCCGAGGAAGCCAGGAGGCCGGUGACACGAAUACGAGAGAGAGACUCGAAACAGAAGUCAGGUGUGUGGUCCAGUGAUGCUGCAGUCUACACACAUGGCCACGAGGAGGAACAGAUCAUGAAGCACGAACAUCAGGUGAUUGAUGUCCAGAUGUGCAUUGACAGAGACAACGCACCCAAAAUAAUGUCCACUGAAUCAGUCCUUAUGAAGUACAUCACAGACACCCAUAUUGAUGAGAUGUGGCAGGAUUUUCAAGUGGAACUGUUUGCAGGAAAAUACCUCCCUCCGAACCCCUACACCAGACUUGUCACCCGAUGUCGGGAGUCUGUCAUGAGGGUGGACCUGUGCUAUGAGAAGUCAUCCAAUCUGCUGAGUCAGCUGUUGUCAGGGACCCCCCAGGAAGCUGACCCCGACAACUACGUCUACUACAUGGCAGGCUGUGACGGCUAUGGUCCACGGAGUGCUCUGGCUGUGCUGGACAUCGCCGCCUACGUCAACCUCGCCAGAUUAGUGCAGCAGAACUUCUCAUACAAAAACUACAUCCACCGGAAGGGGCCAUUCAGGAUCGGAGUGUGUAUGGGGAUUGUGGGGUCGUGUCUGCUGUACGGACAGAUGCAGCCGUACCUGAACUCCAUCACCUUGGAGGAGCACUACUACAUGCAGGGCCCACAGGGCUGUGAGAGCGAGGCCCUCAGCUUGUUUGCAAAAAUGGUGUAUAACCACCUGUGUGACCUGAUCGAGCUGUCAUUGUACCCUGUGAUGGGUGUCUACAUGGGGCUGGACGGCAUCCGCUGGACCUGGGAAGACAUCCUCAACUCCAGACAAGGAUUCCUCACCGAGUUCGAGAUGGUGUGUACCAGGAGAGAGCCCAUCUACUUCAAGGCAUAUGUGCAGCUGGACGAGUGGCGGUACGUGGGCGUGAAGAAACACUUCCUCUUCCACUGGCUCACCGAUGAUCAUCUCGGCAAGGAGCUGUACUUCCCCCCGGACCCUUGCUCCUUCUACCAGUGCCUCUUCCUAACUAAAGACAGGGCUGCGUUCCACUACCAGAAUGGUGGUCCGAGGAGCGGCAACCCACUGAGUGGACCCAACAUCCGAGCGACAUUCCAGUCCCUGGACGACCACAUCCUGAAGGCGCGGGACAAGGCGCAGUGGAUCGACGUCCACCGACUGCUGCUGCUUCGGGCACUCAUGUCCCAGGAACAGUGCCAUGUGGUGGAGGCGUGGCGGAUGCUGCACAGUAUCGGGGCGGAGGCUGAGUAUGUGUGUCAUCUCAUCGAGGGCCUGCAGGAUCUCACCAUCUUUGCCAUGGAAUACGACAAGUGGAAGAACCUUGAUACUUCUCCCGGCACUGGUGGCAAGACCUCCAAUAGCGGCGCCGGCAAGGCUGCUACAGCAAAAAAAGGGAAGACAGGGGCGACAGUCACAGAGAGACAGGACCCACUGGACAAGAAGACGAUGCACAGGAUGACGAUGGCGUUCCAGCAGAAGAUCACAAAUGUCCUUGACGCUCGCAAAGCCAUGCUGCCGUACUCCAUGCUGGAGUUUGUUGAGAUGAAGCUGAAGUCUGUGUUUGAAAUCGAGCCCGAUACGGGGGAGGCCUUCCUGGUCAUGGAGGAUGAGACCGUCAUUCGGCUGGAGGAGGUGAAGCAGAUGAUGAAAGCUGUUCAGGACAUCCUCGCUGGCGAUGUCCACAACAUCAGCCCUGAAGCUCAAGCUGCCAUCACUGCCAUAGAGACUGCCAUUGAGGACCGACCCACAAGUGUAGCUUCUUAUCGCCUUGACGACCCCGAUCAGUACAAGCGACGGCCACGUGCAAGGAAGGCCAUCUUGGAUGACGACAUGUUGUACAGGCCGAGAUAGCUGAUAGAGGACAGACAUCUUAGAUGGUGACAUGUUGUACAGACCGAGAUAGCUGAUAGAGGACAGACAUCUUGUAUGGUGACAUGUUGUACAGGCCGAGAGAGCUGAUAGAGGACAGACAUCUUGGAUGGUGACAUGUUGUACAGGCCGAGAUAGCUGAUGUAAGGACAGACAUCUUGGAUGGUGACAUGUUGUACAGGCCGAGAUAGCUGAUGUAAGGACAGACAUCUUGGAUGGCGACAUGUUGUAAAGGCCGAUAUAGCUGAUAUAGGACAGACAUCUUGGAUGGCACGUUAUAUACAUGUUGUAUAUGUUGCUGGAAAAGGCGACUAUUCUUGUCGUAAGAGGCGACUAAA